AUGGACUCACGGUGGUGCGGAAGCACUCAGCCGGAAUCAACACGGCCGCUCUCCAAGACCCAGAAGCGGCGAAACAGCAUCGAGCCUCCAUUCAAGCAGGAAGCCGCCAGGCAAGAUCAUGGUAGCACGCUGGGCAGUAGCACGAUGGGCUCUCAUAGGCAGAUUGUCACGAAGGCCAGCUUCGCCGGGCUGCGGCGCCUGCAGGAGCUAGCCGUGCGCGACCUGCCGCUGGUGGAGCGCUUCGACGCGGACAGCCUCGCCUCGCUGCCGGCGCUCGCCGAGCUCGACGUGCAGACCUGGCCCCGCAUCGAGCGCUUCCGCUUCCGGCUGGGCAACGUGCUGUCCGGCGUGCCGUCGCUGCGCGGGCUCGUCGUCGACGUGAAGGAGCCCGAGCUCAAGGAUCAGCUGCUGGGCGCCUUCGACUCGCGCCUGCAGCGGCUGGACAUCCGCGGCGAGGGGCUCAGGCGCCUGGACGGCGACUCCCUCGAGGGCAUCGGCAACAACCACGAGCUGGUGCUCAGGAUCCGCGGCACCCAGAUAAAGGAACUUCCACGUGGAUUGUUCUCUGAACUGCAACGGGUAUCGCACUUGACGGUCGACAUCAGCAACAACCAAUUCUCAUCUUUCAAGCUGAGCACCAUCUUCGCCAACAGCACCACCUGGGAGAACAUGGGCACCAAUCAAAUAUCAGGUGGGCUGGUGCUGAAUGGAAACCUGUGGGUGUGCGACUGCUCCAUUGUGACGGUGGGACAGUGGACGCGACGCUGGCUGCGCGAGACUGCGCAGACUCAGUCGGCGGUGCUGCGAGACGCGCCCUCUGCGAUGGAGCAGGUCAAGAGAGCCACGUGCACGGAUCCCAUCUCUGGUCGCGAGCUGCCCAUCGUGCGACUGUACCCGGAGCAGUUCAGUUGCCAGGUGGAGGCGGCGAGCACAGGGGUGACCGUCCGCGCCCUGCCGCUGGUACUGCUGCUGUGCGUGCUCUGCUGACACGGGAGUGUCCAGUGUGCUGGGCCAUCUGCUCAGGACCAAGUCCAGCAGGUCCGGUUGUGGUCGCAAGCUGACCCGGAGCAGCUCAGUUGCCAGGUGGAGGUGGCGAGCACAGCGGUGACCGUCCACGCCCUGCCGCUGGUACUGCUGCUGUGUGUGCUCUGCUGACACGGGAGUGUCCAGCAUGCUGGGCCAUCUGCUCAGGACCAAGUCCUGCAGGUCCGGCUGUGGUCGCAAGCUGACUAUUAUGCGACUGUACGCAGAGCAGUCGACUGCCAGGUGGAGGCGGCGAGCACAGCGGUGACCGUCCGCGCCCUGACACUGGUUCUGCUGCUCUGCGUGCUCUGUUGACACGGGAGUGUCCAGCGUGCUGGGCCAUCUGCUCAGGACCAAGUCCUGCAGGUCCGGCUGUGGUCGCAAGCUGACUAUUAUGCGACUGUACCCAGAGCAGUCGACUGCCAGGUGGAGGCGGCGAGCACAGCGGUGACCGUCCGCGCCCUGACACUGGUUCUGCUGCUCUGCGUGCUCUGCUGACACGGGAGUGUCCAGUGUGCUGGGCCAUCUGCUCAGGACCAAGUCCAGCAGGUCCGGCUGUGGUCGCAAGCUGACCCGGAGCAGUUCAGUUGCCAGGUGGAGGUGGCGAGAACAGCGGUGACCGUCCGCGCCCUGCCGCUGGUACUGCUGCUGUGCGUGCUCUGCUGACACGAGAGUGUCCAGUGUGCUGGGCCAUCUGCUCAGGACCAAGUACAGCAGGUCCGGCUGUGGUCGCAAGCUGACUAUUAUGCGACUGUACGCAGAGCAGUCUACUGCCAUGUGGAGGCGGCGAGCACAGCGGUGACCGUCCGCGCCCUGCCGCUGGUACUGCUGCUGUGCGUGCUCUGCUGACACGAGAGUGUCCAGCGUGCUGGGCCAUCUGCUCAGGACCAAGUCCAGCAGGUCCGGCUGUGGUCGCAAGCUGACUAUUAUGCGACUGUACCCAGAGCAGUCGACUGCCAGGUGGAGGCGGCGAGCACAGGUGUGACCGUCCGCGCCCUGACACUGGUUCUGCUGCUCUGCGUGCUCUGUUGACACGGGAGUGUCCAGCGUGCUGGGCCAUCUGCUCAGGACCAAGUCCUGCAGGUCCGGCUGUGGUCGCAAGCUGACUAUUAUGCGACUGUACCCAGAGCAGUCGACUGCCAGGUGGAGGCGGCGAGCACAGCGGUGACCGUCCGCGCCCUGACACUGGUUCUGCUGCUCUGCGUGCUCUGCUGACACGGGAGUGUCCAGUGUGCUGGGCCAUCUGCUCAGGACCAAGUCCAGCAGGUCCGGCUGUGGUCGCAAGCUGACCCAGAGCAGUUCAGUUGCCAGGUGGAGGUGGCGAGCACAGCGGUGACCGUCCGCGCCCUGACACUGGUUCUGCUGCUCUGCGUGCUCUGCUCACACGGGAGUGUCCAGUGUGCUGGGCCAUCUGCUCAGGACCAAGUACAGCAGGUCCGGCUGUGGUCGCAAGCUGACUAUUAUGCGACUGUACGCAGAGCAGUCUACUGCCAUGUGGAGGCGGCGAGCACAGCGGUGACCGUCCGCGCCCUGCCGCUGGUACUGCUGCUGUGCGUGCUCUGCUGACACGAGAGUGUCCAGCGUGCUGGGCCAUCUGCUCAGGACCAAGUCCAGCAGGUCCGGCUGUGGUCGCAAGCUGACUAUUAUGCGACUGUACCCAGAGCAGUCGACUGCCAGGUGGAGGCGGCGAGCACAGGUGUGACCGUCCGCGCCCUGACACUGGUUCUGCUGCUCUGCGUGCUCUGUUGACACGGGAGUGUCCAGCGUGCUGGGCCAUCUGCUCAGGACCAAGUCCUGCAGGUCCGGCUGUGGUCGCAAGCUGACUAUUAUGCGACUGUACCCAGAGCAGUCGACUGCCAGGUGGAGGCGGCGAGCACAGCGGUGACCGUCCGCGCCCUGACACUGGUUCUGUUGCUCUGCGUGCUCUGCUGACACGGGAGUGUCCAGUGUGCUGGGCCAUCUGCUCAGGACCAAGUCCAGCAGGUCCGGCUGUGGUCGCAAGCUGACCCGGAGCAGUUCAGUUGCCAGGUGGAGGUGGCGAGAACAGCGGUGACCGUCCGCGCCCUGCCGCUGGUACUGCUGCUGUGCGUGCUCUGCUGACACGAGAGUGUCCAGCGUGCUGGGCCAUCUGCUCAGGACCAAGUCCAGCAGGUCCGGCUGUGGUCGCAAGCUGACCCAGAGCAGUUCAGUUGCCAGGUGGAGGUGGCGAGCACAGCGGUGACCGUCCGCGCCCUGACACUGGUUCUGCUGCUCUGCGUGCUCUGCUCACACAGGAGUGUCCAGUGUGCUGGGCCAUCUGCUCAGGACCAAGUCCUGCAGGUCCAGCUGUGGUCGCAAGCUGAAUAUUAUGCAACUGUACCCAGAGCAGUCUACUGCCAUGUGGAGGUGGCGAGCACAGCGGUGACCGUCCGCGCCCUGCCGCUGGUUCUGCUGCUCUGCGUGCUCUGCGGACACGGGAGUGUCCAGUGUACUUGACCAUCUGCUCAGGACCAAGUACAGCAGGUCCGGCUGUGGUCGCAAGCUGACUAUUGUGCAACUGUACCCAGAGCAGUUCAUUUGCCAGGUGGAGGUGGCAGGCACAGAGGUGACUGUCUGUGCCCUGCCACUGGUUCUGCUGCUUUGUGUGCUUUGUUGACACGGGAGUGUCCAUUGUGCUGGGCCAUCUGCUCAGGACUAAGUACAGCAGGUCCAGCUGUGGUUGCAAGGUGCCUAUUAUGCAACCGUACCCAGAGAAGCCAACGGCCAUCUGGAGGUGGCAGGCACAGCGGUGAUCAUCCGCGCUCUGCCCUAAGCUGCAUGCGACAUGGGAAGACCCACACGAAGUGUUUAAAUGGCUCAAUUAUGUGGUCUACCGCAUCCAGAGGAAAAUAAAGGGAACGAAUGAAAGUGGUACAUUUGGACCGACUGAGGGAAUACACCGCAAGAGAUGUGUUACCUGUUGGGGACAAACAGUUUUAAGAAGGGUCAGUGGAUCUGCUAGCAGUCAGCUGGCCUAUUGGCCCUCGAGUGGGGCGCGGUCCUACACGUAACAUUCCUUGUCGGAUUAGCAGUGUUCCUCACUACCUUCUACCCCUCACUAAAUCAACCUCGGCACUAAGGUCAAUGUUCCCUCAGUCCCUCUGGAUGAUUCUGGGCCUCCCGGAGUGGAGCCGCGUGGAGUGGCGGAACUGGGACGCCAUUGUUCUGGGAGCUUCGGGUAUCAAGUUGACACGGACCACGUCAAAGGGGCGCGAGACAUUUCCAGUCGGGGGACCGAGGGUAUGAAAACGGCGAUGCCAGUCCUCGAGUCAGUGAAGUGAGGAGGGAAAGCGUGCCCUCAGUGAGCGAACGCGGACGACAAGCGACGGGAGACUGGUUAAUCGGGGACUAAGCUGUGUGCGACGGACAGAGUGAUUAGUGCGAGGGAAUGUGCUGGGACAGAGGUAGCGGUAAGAGACUUGCGGUAGGGAGAGCCACUGUCCUGUCGAGCUCCAGUGGGGAGAGUGAACUGUGGACUGAACGAAAAGCGUGGUUAGUUAGGAGACAGGCAGUUUAAAGUGUUCUAAUUUAAUUAAUUGUGUAAAUAGAAGUUAAUAAAUAAAACUGUAAUUAAUUGGGCUACCCUUUUAAAACUUGUUUUCCAAAUCGUGACAGAACUUUCCCCAUAGAGCAGAGCUUUCAUCCAGACAGGAAAUUUUGAUUAACAUUAUAAUACUAUUUCUCAUCAUUUUCAUUUGAAUUGAGGUUAAAAGAAUUACAUACGCAAAGUUUCCUUUAAUUUUUAUACCUCAUGUUUCGUUUUACAGACAAGUAGAACCUGUGUAUUUUCCCAAAUUGAAUUAACAAGCCUACAAGAUUGGUCUAAAAAAUAUAUAUAUAGUAUCUAAUGCUUCGCAUAAACAUGAAAAUAAUAUAUAAGUAAUAAGUUGCCACAAACCUUUUUCGGGUUAGUGAAAUAAUAUGACAAUCCCAUAAAAAUGAAGAAAAAAGCUAACAUACCCUUAUAAAUAAAAUACCCACAGAAAUUAUUCACGAAUAUGCCUUUUUUUUAAAUAAUGUAUAAGCCCGUUUCUAAAUUAUUUGCUAAUAUCUCACACUGCAAAAGGAAACAUGAAAUUGAAUUAAGGACUCACAUUUCUGUAAAAUCAUCUCACAUGUUGUGUUUGCGAUAUCUUUCUCAGUUCUUGCAGACAUAUUCAGGUUCGAUAUUCGUAUUAGUGAGAUAGGAUGGUUUUUCUAGCGUGGCAUCGCUUCUAAACUCACGGCUUCUUGUCGUGCAUAGGAAAACUAUGAGAUUUUUGUGGUAACCAUAACAUUUUAUAGAGGAGAAAUGAAGAUAAAGGAGUAAUGCGAAUCUAAAAAUAGUGUUUCGGUAUUUUUUAUUCCUCUAAAAAUAUAGUUUAAAAACGAAGUACUGACACAGAACUACUCAUCUGCCUUCAUCAUAUUCUUAACUGCUUUUCAUAAACAGACACCACUCUCAUAUCUUGAAUAUUUUUUGACGUGACAACGUCUAAUAAAGCGAUGAACGCCGGCUGCACGCACGAAAAAGGAUGACUCAUUGUCCCGUUACGCACAUUGUCCCGUUACGCUCAUUGCGCCGCAUAUAUCUCUCUUCCACUCGAUUGGAACAACCAUCGAUUUGACUUUUUCGAGGCACAUUAAACUUGAAACACUCCCAUUCGUUUCCUACUUUUCCUAUCAUCGUCCUAUC